ACUCAGGACUCAGGAGAGUGAAACAGUAUUUGUGUCUCUUUCAAUUCAUCAUCAUACACAGAGAUAGGGAUAGGUAAACCAACAUAGCACCCCAAGUCAAACUGCUUUAGACUCAGUCUCCUUCUUCGUCUUCUCCUUUUGCCAUGGCCAUGGGGGAUUCAAGGGUUGACACAAUUGCGCGCUUAGCUCAAUGGAAAAUCGAUAACUUCGGACCCUGUUCCUACAAGAAAUCUGACCCUUUCAAGGUCGGAAUCUGGAACUGGUACUUAUCCAUAGAGAGAAACAGGUACCUCUACAUACACCUGUUUCCAGAACCUUCUCGUGUCUCCAAGGAGCAGCCACCCGUUGCUCGUUUCAUUCUUCGAGUUUCCAAUGCUGGCUCUUCCCGCAGGUUCUAUAUUUCCCCUGUCCAUGAAAGGAUACUUAGGACAUAUGAUGACUUUGUCUGGCCUGUUGAUACUUCAUUCGUUGGUCGCUUCAUUAUUGAUGUUGAAUUUCUUGACUUGAAGAUAUGCCCUCUGAAUGGUGGGGAAGCUAGUUCUAUAUGGCCAUCCGAGGGAAAAUUGCAAUCCAUUGCAUCUCAAAGUACUCUUAGUUGCCUCUCACGCAUGCUUGAUGAUGCUAUUCAUGCUGACCUAACCAUUAUUACAGCUGAUGGUACAUUGAGAGCCCACAAGGCAAUCUUGUCUGCAAGUUCGCCGGUGUUCCAGAGUAUGUUUCAUCACAACCUGAGGGAGAAAGAGUCGUCUACUAUCCAUAUAGAAGACAUGUCGCUAGAGUCUUGCACGGCUCUUCUAAGAUACUUGUAUGGAACAAUCAAGCAAGAUGAUUUCUGGAAACACCGGCUUGCAUUGCUUGGAGCAGCCAAUAAAUAUGACAUCACCGGUCUCAAAGACGUGUGCGAAGACAGUCUACUGGAAGAUCUUAACUCCGGAAAUGUUCUCGAAAGGCUCAACGAAGCUUGGCUUUAUCAAUUACACAAGUUAAAGAAAGGAUGCUUGACCUUCUUAUUUGACUUCGGAAAGAUAUAUGAUGUUAGAGAUGAAGUAAACAACUUUUUUCAGCAUGCUGAUAGGGAGCUAAUGAUGGAGAUGUUUCAGGAAGUGCUCACAGUUUGGAGACCGGUAUAAACUAACAUGGGAAAACUAUUUGCCCCAUGAAUCUUUGUGAAUAUGGUAGAUUAUUCAUUAUUGUGAUACAAUAAUCAUAUUUGCUCUUUACCUUAACUUUAUCAUUUAAUAGUUGGUGUUUUUCAUAUAAA